AUGGGACAGAGCCAGUCUCAACAGGCGACUCAGCAGGAGCAGCAGGACGGAGUUGUCGCCCCGGUUCCCUCGACUGGCGAUGAACAGGACAGCGGCGUCGACGCGGCGAUGGGCGGGCAGGAGACCGCUCAGGUGGACGCGAACGAUUCGAGGGAAGGCGCUGGCGGCGAGAAAGUGGCUCACUCGGCAGCGGACAGCGUGCCUACACCUCUCUCCGCCGCCGCACCCUCCUCGACGACCGAAACCUUCAAGGUUCCCGCUCUCCCUGCCUCUUCUGCCGUACUGCCCUCAGUCACUUCGCCCUCCGCAACUAUGCGCACUCUGCCCGCCGACAUCGAACACAUCCUCUCGCUCGGAGCAAACCAGCCUGACGAGGCAGAGCGCGCUGCAGCAGCUGCCGAAGGGCGAGGGCGACAGGAGUUGGAACAGACUGUCAGGGAAAUGAAGGAGAAUGCCCUGAAGGGAGAUAGCGAAGUCAAGAUGGAGAGCGAGGAGGAGCAGCGGAGACGGGAAGAGCUGCUGCAGGUUGAGGCGGAGAUGCGGGAGAAGGGCGUGCAGAGGGGAGCAGAGGUACGGGAAGAAGAUGUUGCUGCAACGACACAGGAGUUGGAGGACGUCAGCGGCAGUGUCGAGGUCACAAAGGAGGAUCAGAUGGCGGACGAUUCGAGCAGCGACUCGAGCGAUUCCGACUCCGAUUCUUCCUCUGCCGAAUCCGAUUCGACGACUGCUGCGCCUCAAGGCGGACGGCGAAACCGGCGGAACCGCCAGCGCGCCGCCUCUGUCGCUUCCGACAUUGACGACGACGAGUCUGGCAUCGUCUCCUCGAAGACGGCUCCGAAGACUGAGCACGAGGUGGUCGAGCCGGACGUCGCUCCUCCCGCCGUCCAAAAACUCGACGAGAGCGCCGAGAUCGCCAAGUUUGGCAAGGUCGAGAGCGUUAUCGAGAACGUGGUAGUUGUCAAGGCGGACACGGGCGGAGACUGGCGUGUGCUUGACGAGGGCACCGUCGUCUGCUGGGAGGACAAGACCGUGAUCGGAACUAUCUUUGAGACGUUUGGCUCCGUCCAGCAGCCGUUCUACUCGAUCCGCUUCCCCUCUUCAGCUCCUCCCGACCGCACCGUCUUCACCAUCUCCCGCCCGGUCUUCUACUCGCCCAACCUCGCCUCGUUCGUCUUCACUCGCGAUUUGCGACACAUCAAAGGCAGCGACGCGAGUAACAUCUGGGACGAAGAGGUCGCAGCGCAUGAAGUCGAGUUCAGCGACGACGAGGAAGAGGCGGAGUACAGGAAGAGGAUCAAGGCAGAGCGCCGCGCACGCACGCAGUCCGCCACACCUGGACCUUCGAACCCUCGCAAUCCUCGCGCAUCCCGACCACCCGCUUCUCUGCCUCAAGCUCCUCCUCCUCCCGCUCAUCUUCCUGCAUCUCUUCCUGCACGACCAGCCGUAUCAUACGCCGAUACCGUCGACGAACCCUCAUCCGCCACGACCCCUUCACUUCCUCCCAUUGGCCCGAUGGCAGCUCAGCCAUCUCGAGCAAUGGUAGGUGAGAAGCCGCCACCUGGACGAGUCGGUCGUCGGAUGUUCGAGCGGGAUACGGGAGUGGCGCUGGAUAAGGGUGACGAGGUGGAGUUCGAGUUCAGCAGCGGCGAGGGGAGCGACGACGAUGACCGCGCGAGCGUUGUCAGCGCCGCGUCGUCGUCGGGACGUGGUGCUCGCGCUUCGCCGACCCAACAACGGCCACCGCUCUCUGCCCCCUCCGCGCAGCCUCCGUAUUCAGCCGCACCAGCCGACUCGCCUUCGAAUCUUCCUCCCCGCCAGCCCGCAACCGACUACUACGCCCAGCCUCAACAGCAGGCGCAGCCAUACGCCUUCGGAGUGGCUGGCGACUCGUCAGCGGGCGCGUUCAACUUUGGCGGCGCGAUGCAGUGGCCUUACGCGCCCGCAUGGCCAGCGAUGGGUGGAGCGUACGGAUACGGCGGUGGCGCGGCGGCAGCGGGCUUCUACGGCGGGGUGGGAGCGGCUGGAGCAUAUCAAGCGCCGUAUGGAGGAGGAGCUGCGUCGGCGGGAUACUCGCCUCAUCAGCCGCACGCAGGAAACGACGAUGCGUAUCGGCAGCAAGGAGCAAAUGGCGCGAACGGAGGGUACGGCAAUGGUCAGUAUCAGGGACAGAGGGGCCCGCAGGGAGGCUACGGGCAGGGCCAGGGACAGGGAGGACAAAGCCAGACCGGUUGGUACGCUGGUCCAGGAGGAGGCGGAGGCGGGUGGUGA